AUGCCCUCGGAGAACAGCCGGGAAACAGGGAAUGGCAGUUUCUACGCCGCCCACACUAAUGGUGGCGCAAGAGAUCAUACAACGUUGGAAUGUGUUCUCCGCAACGUGUGUGUGUCAUACAUGAGUCAGUCGAGUGAACUCACGAAAGUAUGGAUACUGCAAAGACGGCCUACGGCAAAGUUAGCUAUGCACCAUGAACACGCAUUUGACGUUGCGCCAUCUGCUGGGGAGAAUGGCGGGGGCAUGGGACACCAGAACACCGGCAAUGACCUGUUUGAAGCCCGGACGUAUCCCGGACGUAUGAGCACUCUGCGCCAUGAUUCGUUCCCAUUCGGCGUCGGUGAGCGGUCGUCACUAUGGGCUGAUCUGAGUAAGUAUCCUAUCCCUCUACUUGUAGAGACAUAUAGUAAGCAUCAAGGAAAACCCACCACGGCAUCUACGCACUACAAGCCCCCUACGAUAUCCUCAUCGUCUGAUGACACAGCAGCCAUGCCAGACGUGUCUCAACGAGGAACGAGCGAAGUUGUAUCUAAUGGCGUCCGGUCGCUCUACAGGAGGGGCAGUAAGGAAGAAUUUGUGAGCUUCAGUGAGAUGGAAACAUCGACCGAAGCUCGUGUCGAGAAACCUAAGUGUGCGGCAGCACGUGCUGAUCAGGAAUGCAAGGAGCGCGACAAUGUCGCGCAGAUCCUGACGCGAUGUCGCGGCGUCAUGCGCGUGCCCACACGCGGGGUGAACUUGUAUAUGGGGUACACGGACACCUUGACUGAGAUAAUCGCAUAG